GUAACCACUGAACCAUAAUUACGUUGCAGAUUAUUUCAAGAUGGCGGAAUAUUUAAAAGAUUUAAUUCGAAAGAAAGAUAAAUUGGAAUCUGAUAUUCAAAGUUGGUUCGAUGUUUUAAAAUCUCAGGGAAAUGUAGGUAUGAUGACGUCAUUAGUGGAUGCAGGGGGGUUCCCCAGGAGUGACGUAGACGUCGUUCAAGUUCGAACAGCACGUCAUAAUAUCGUUUGUUUACAAAACGACCAUCGUGACGUCAUGGAGCAGAUAAAACGCGGUUUGGAGGAAUAUCAUUCACAGAUCGGCCGUGAUCACGUGGUUCAAGUUCAACAACCUACGCCAGAGGUUAUGGAAGGGUUCGCGACCCUUGACCUUGUGUCACGUGACUCACCGGCCGAGGAAGCAGGUUUAAAGGUCGGUGACGUCAUUAUCGAAUUCGGGUCAGUGACGUCACGAAACUUUCAAAGUAUCCGCGAGAUUGGUGAAGUUGUGAAGCAUAGCGUGGGGAGGAGUUUGAAUAUCAUCGUCAAACGUGGAGAAACGAAACUCAAUAUUUUGUUGACCCCUCACUCCUGGGGUGGGAGGGGGUUACUAGGGUGCAAUGUUGUUGCUUUGUAACUUAUUUAUUUGCGCAAAAUACAUAAAACACGAUUUACA